AUGGAUUUUGAACAGUUUGACGAGAAGUUUGUGACCCUCCAGGCAGUUCCAACGGUCAGAGAACCGGAGCAGAUUUUUGUCUUUCUUCAUGGCAUCACCAUUAAUAACAAGACGACCUGGACAUCUCCCAAGGGAGAGGUCUCAUGGCUCGAGGAACUUUUGCCAGGGGAUUUCAAGGCAAACAUCUAUAGAUGUGGGUGGGAUUGGACCAAGCCAGGUCAUUCCAUGCAUGAGUUGGGUGGCAGUUGCAUCAAGACACUGGCCAAUUGCUUGUGUUUUGGGGAUAAUGCCCUGGACAGGAAACAUAAAAGCAUCCAGAUUUUUCUGGUUGGGCAUGAUCUAGGUGGCAUCAUCAUACAGAAGGCAAUGCUUUUGUUUCAAGAUUUGGACCCCGACCCCCACCCCCACUACCUCAGGAUCGCAGCUAACAUCGCUGGGAUCAUUUUCAUAGAUACCCCUUUUGAGGGAGCUGUGGGAAGCUUUUACAGCCUAGAGGAAGAAGAAGAAGAAGAAGAAGAAGAAGAAGAAGAAGAAGAAGAGGUUGAGCCUCUUUUGAAUCCGCAAGAUAAUGAAAUUCUGGAUCCCAGCUACCUUGAACUUCUCCAAAUCGGAUCUUCAACCCGUGGAGAGAUUGUUGCCGAUUUCUACGAGCUCGUCAUGCAAUUCCAGAAACUCAAGACGUAA